GGGUGGGUUUGCUAGUGUCUCGCCGCCCAUUUUCUCGGCCACUGGCGCUGUCUUUCUGCUGCUGCACGAUCUGCGCUUUGCCCGGCUCGUACUGAUGCGUCUCCGCGACCGUCGCUCCGGUGGACAGGUUCCUCACCGGUAUGGUUGACAAGCGUACCAUGGAGAAAUAUGAACGCGAGGCCAAGGAGCUCGGCCGUGAGUCGUGGUACCUGUCCUGGGCCAUGGAUCUGAACUCGGAGGAGCGCGCCAAGGGCAAAACCGUCGAGUACGGCCGUGGCUACUUUGAGACCGAGAAGCGCCGUUUCACGCUUCUGGAUGCCCCCGGCCACAAGAACUUUGUCCCCAGCAUGAUCGAGGGCGCCUCGCAGAGUGACGUUGGCAUCCUCGUCAUCUCGGCCCGCAAGGGUGAAUUCGAAACCGGCUUUGAGAAGGGCGGCCAGACUCGUGAGCACGCGCUGCUUGCCAAGACCGUUGGUGUCCAGCGUCUCAUCAUCGCCAUCAACAAGAUGGACGAUCCCACCGUCGUCUGGUCCAAGGAGAGAUACGACGAGUGCAUCAACAAGCUCAUUCCGUUCUUGAAGCAAGUCGGCUUCAACCCCAAGACAGAUGUCGACUUCCUUCCCGUCUCUGGCUUCACCGGCGCCAACAUCAAGGAACGCUUCUCUGACUGUCCUUACUACAGCGGCCCCGCCCUCCUCGAGAUCCUGGACAGCGUCGAAGUCAAGGACCGCAAGUAUACCGCCCCUUUCAUGAUGCCCCUCGCCGACAAGUCCAAGGAUAUGGGCACCAUCGUGUCUGGCAAGAUCGAGUCUGGCCGUAUCAAGAAGGGCCAGACGGUGCUCAUGAUGCCCAACAAGCGAGUCUGUGAAAUCUCUGGCAUUUUCUUUGAAGACCAGGAACUCACCAUCGGCCAGAGCGGUGAUAACGUCCGUCUCCGUCUGAAGGGCAUUGAAGAAGAAGACAUCCCCACCGGCUCGGUCCUCUGCAGCCCCAACCACCCGAUCCACACCGUCAUUGCCUUCGAGGCUCAGGUGGCCAUUGUCGAGCACAAGUCGAUCAUUUGUGCCGGUUACACCGCCGUCAUGCACGUCCACAAUGUCCGAGAGGAAGUCACCCUGUCGGUGCGUAUCGCGAAUGUAGAGGGAAGAGAGAUUUGCCACCAGUCGAGCAAGGGAGGGGAAGACGAUGAAGCCAAGAGGAUUGCCUCAUAUCGUCCUCAGAGCCUGUCUGGAGCUGCUUCUUCAGCCGAUCGUGGGAUGGAGGUUGCCUGCCAGACAGUUAACUCCCACCACUAUCGUCACCACCACCACCACCACCACCACCACCACCAUCGCCUCCACCACCACCACCAUCGCCUCCUACAACAGGCUCUUCUCCACUUGGUCGACAAGAAGACCGGCAAAAAGUCCAAGAACCCUCCCAAGUUCUUGAAGCAGGGCGAUGUCUGCAUUGCCCGAAUAGAGACCUUGGGCGGCAUGGUUUGCCUGGAGCCCUACAAGGAGUAUCCUCAGCUGGGACGCUUCACUCUCCGUGACGAAGGCAAAACCGUUGCCAUGGGCAAGGUCACCAAGCUCAUCCUGGACGCUGCUCCACCGGCAGAGCAGCAGUAAACGCCACAGGCGAGGAGGGUCUUGAGAACGGCAGUUCGUUGCUGCCCCCCGCCCCUCCCCUUCUCUCUCUCUCUCUAUUCCAUCCUCGACCAAGCGGGCAUGCUUGGCCCUAGUUUGAUGGGUGCUGUCGUGAGGAUCGACAGCGAGUUUGGUCGAGGGCGACGGAAGGGCAAGGCGCUGAUUGUCAUGACAAGACCGACUUGUGACACAGUCUUCUCCAAGAAUGAAUAAAAGAUGUAUCGCGAUGGCGUUAUACAAAGACCAGCGUAGCC